CUUAAAUAUUUCAUGUGAUCUAGUUUAGUCUAGCUAUAUAUAGACACUGCAUAGAUCGAGAGAGAGACUUGGAGGGAUAAUGGAUAAUGGUAAUAUUUCAGGUGGAAAUGGAAGAGGUUUUCAUGGCUAUCGCAGGUCAUUCCCACAACCAACCCCUCCCACUCCACCUGGAGGUCACGGGUUGAAGCCUUGGAAACAGCCUCUGGCAGAAAUGCAAAUGCAAAUGCGAGCUAUGGAGAUGAGCAUGGGAGUGCCUGCUCAGGCAAACAAUGGAGAAGAUUCUGAAUGUAGCAUUCGGGAGCAAGACCGAUUCAUGCCGAGCGCCAACGUGAUUAGGAUCAUGCGCAGGAUCCUCCCUGCGCAUGCCAAGAUAUCCGAUGACUCCAAAGAGACCAUCCAAGAAUGUGUUUCUGAGUUCAUAAGCUUCGUAACAAGUGAAGCAAAUGAGCGUUGCCAGCGUGAGCAGCGCAAGACUAUCACUGCAGAAGAUGUGCUUUGGGCAAUGAGCAAGCUUGGUUUUGAUGAUUUCAUUGAACCUUUGACAUUGUACUUGCAUCGUUACCGUGAGUUUGAUGGUGGUGACCGUGGAUCCUUGAGGGGGGAGCCGCCUUUGAUGUUGAGACGCGGAGUGUUUGAUCCACCCAAUCACCUGCUGCCUCCUAAUUUUCCAAUGGCUCAUCACCAGUAUGGUUACUUUGUGUAUCCUCCACCACCAAUGGGCAAUGGCUAUAUGCAGGGAGGCGGAAGCACUUCUCAUGCUGCUCUGGAAAGCGACGACGCUGAGUCUCCUACCGAGGAUGAGGGUAAUGAGUGAUCAGAAAUCAAUUAACCUGUUGUUGAAACUUCAAAAGCAGUGAAGAAUGUAUGACUGUUUUUCUCUCAAUCUUGUUGGGAUGUUUCCUAAUUUGCAAUCUAUUGACAAUCUAAGAUAUUACUUUCGAUGA